AUGACAGUCCAAAUACACAACCGUUGGAUAAUCCUAGAUAUUGAUGGACUUGUGUAAAUGUAUACCAUUUUCCCUUUUUAACUGUUGGUUCACAGCUCUCCCUUUGGAUGGUUAGAAUAAUCCAAUCAGGAUGCGUUUUGAACCAUUUAUCCAUCCUCGCUAAGCCCUAAUAGAUGGACGAAUCAUAUCAUCUGACACCACGUUGCAAAAUGUAUAGUGGCAACAAGGAUCAGUAUGGGACCCAUCUCAGUUCCCAACUCAUGGUACCCGAUUCGACCUAAACAAUCACAUAAAUUAAUCAAACCACAAACAAUGCCCCAUCCAACGCAUGCAGAAUAGAAGAAAAGAGGUAGUGGAAGAGUUUUUAAACUCAAGGUAUUCAUUUCGUACCAGUGGGCCCGUUGUUCAUUGAACUACUUUUGAAUGGCUCCAACUACGUGGCCCAUCUAGCCGACCAUGAGACUACAAGACAGCUCUUGUACAAAACCCAUAAAAGAAGGUGAGAGCCAAAGUCAAGUCAAUAACACACCAGUUAGAUCACCAACCAUAGCUUCCCAAUCUCAACAAUAACAUGGAAAAACACACAAACAUCAAAUAAACAAGCAAUCCCAUUCUCAAAAGGAAUCUAUAAAUACUGACAAUUUGCAUUCACCCCAAACAAGAAAAAGAAAAAACAGCACUAGCUCAAACACAAGCUAUAGAAGCAAGUGCUGUAUUUGAAUCUAUACUUUCCAAAGUUCAUUUGCUGGAAUGAAGAUGGGCAAGGCCUGGGCCUGGUUUUCAUUGUUAGCCAUGGUCAUCAUGGUUUGUGGGUCUCAGGCUCAAGACACAUCCUGCCUGACACAGCUUGUUCCUUGCUUGGGCUAUCUCAAUUCAACGUCAACCACCCCAUCGAGCAGCUGUUGCGACCCGCUGAAAUCAGUGAUCAAAUCCAACCCACAAUGCCUUUGCAGCAUGAUUACCAGCAACGCGGGGGGCAUGCAGGGCGGUGCCAUCAAUAUGACCCAGGCUCUACUCCUGCCAGCUCGGUGCGGAGAGAAUGUAAAUGCUGCGUCUUGUAACACAGGUUCUCCAACUUCCGGUUCUCCCGGAUCUCCCACUAACGGUUCUCCCACUACCAGGACUGCUGUGCCAAGUUCCGCAAGCAGGUUUUCGUUUGUGAACAUGCUGCUCGCUGCUGGCUUACCAUUGAUCAUACAAAUCACAUGGGCAUGAAACACAUUUCUUGUGUUAAUUGCCUGAUUGUUUUGUGAUCCCUAUUAGGGACUUGGAUUUAUUUUAUUAUUAUUUUUAAAUGUUUCUUCUUUUCUUUGUUG